AUGCAUUUCCGGAACUUCCCAGGCAGCUACCAUAUCUGCACUCGCACUAGCCGCCUCUCCACUUACUUUUACAUCAGGAAGGCGCAGACCCGCUCCUACCUCGUCCCGCCUCCAAGUUCCCCGCCUCACCCGGGAGAAGCGUCCUUUGCCCGCAACCCACCCCGGACGAGCACGCCCGGCCGGCCGGCCCUGGAGGAAAGGGGGAGCGGCCGCCCGGGGAAGGUGUGGGGCCCGAGCGUUGAGCUUCAUCAGUCCCCUCGCUCGGCCCGCGCGGCCGCCGGACACACCCCUCCCGGGCCGGCCUCUGCGGUCGCCGGUGCUGGCUGCAGCCGGCGCUGCGCCGGAGCCCGGGGCCCGUCCCCUCCCCGCGCCCGAGGGUCCCCGCGCGCGCCCCCGCAGCCGGCUCGCACCUUCAAGGCGCCCCGGGCCGGGCCCUUGGGGAGCGCGCGGCCGGGGCCGAGGGCCACGAAGCGCUCGUCGCCGUCCUCGUCGUCGUCGUCGCCGUCCACCACCUCGACGACCACCUCCUCGUCCUCGUCCUCGUCGUCGUCAUCCUCCUCCUCCGCGCCCCCUCGGGGCUUCGCCGGCGCCCGCCCGAGCCCCCUCCGCCGCCGGCUCCCGCCCUCUUCGUCCUCGUCUUCCUCCCCCAGAAGCAGCAGCACCGGAGACGAGGCGUCGGGCCGCGCUGCGCUCCAUGCGGCCGGCGGCCGGGCCCGCGCGCUCCGGGCCUACAGCUGCCGUUCCCCGGCGCGAGCUGUUUGUGUUGUGUGUUUUCCACCACCGCCCCCCUCUUCGCGAGCCGUUCCUCGCAGCCCUCCGGUCCCCCUCCCCCGUGCAGACAAAACCCGGACUGGAUUUAUUUCUCCAACCCGCAGCCUCCGAAAAUCGGGUCCCUCCGACCAGUCGGCCCGGCGAGCCGCAGGGGCCCGCGCUAGCCCACGGCAGCUUAUUCCCUUCGAAAAGAGGAUCGACCGGGCUUCUAGAAAUUAUAAGCCAGCUCCACCUUUGUUGCUGAGGGCUCUGGAGGAUCUCCAAACACUAUGCAGGUGCCUUCAGAAGACCAGUGAAAACGAUGCCUUUGCCCAGCUCCCUUUCACGGCCACUUCUGUACAGAAAGUGCUGGACAUCUUCUGGAUUCCUUCCUUGGAACCAGAGCCAGAAGUGGAAUCAGUGGUCCCAGGCUGUGCACAUUUUCCUGAUAACGUUUUACUAGACGGCUCUCUGGAGGAGUUACCGCAAUGGACGUUCUGA